ACUCAUUUAGGUGUUGACAUCAGAGCAUGCUCAGCUGAAACUCCACCUCACUUUCUGCUUACGGUCGUUUGGACGUUUAUGGGCUGUAAGUAAAAUUUCGGCUUCACUAUAAGUAUGGAGACUAAUUCUUCACUGCUAUGAUAUUUGGUUUUCUUUAAAUUCAAAUUGACCCCAAACCGGAUAAUACAGAAAAAAAAGAUUUUUGUUUCUUUUUAUGGCGCUAAGCCUGAAAAAUGUCAGUUGCCACGAGCAGCCCACUGUCUCUGGUGGAUCUCCUUCAACAUCUGCGAUUAUGUUUUCCGCCGGCGUCCUUGGGAACGUGGUCGCCCUAAUUCUCUUGGAAAUACGGCGGAGGAAGCAAUCCGCAUCUUUGUUCCAAGUCCUGGUCACAUCUUUGGUCUUCACAGAUUUGCUGGGAACUUUCUCCGUCAGUCCUCUGGUUUUAACCGCGUACUUGAGGAAUGAAUCUUUGACUGGGAUGAGUGACAAACGUUUGGUUUGCGGACACUUUGGAUACGCCAUGACUUUUUUCAGUAUGGUCACUCUCGCCAUUCUUCUCUCCAUGGCAGUGGAGCGCUGGCUCUCCAUCGGACAUCCUUACUGUUACGAGAAGCGCAUGAGUAAACGCUGCGGGUACAUCGCCAUCGCGCUCAUUUACCUGCUGUGCGCUCUUUUCUGCGUCACACCUUUCCUCGGUUUUGGGAAGUAUGUUCAGCACUGUCCCGGAACGUGGUGCUUCAUUGACAUGCACCCGUCUGCGAGCGUGCACAAAGUCUUCAAUAUCAUCUACGCGUCUUGUUUGCUAGUCAUGAUAGUGUGUACGGUUUUGUGCAACGCGUCCGUCAUCUAUCAUCUUUCGCUCAUGUACCGAAGACGCAAGGCGCACCGGAGCUCUGUCCGACGGCAGCGAAGACACAAGAGGCAUCGGUCCAUCGCGAAGGAGGUUGAACAUCUUGUGCUGCUCGGGUUCAUGACAAUAGCAUUCGUUAUCUGCUCUCUUCCUCUUGUGAUUCAAGUGUACCUCAACACUUGUUGCGACCGAGAUCGUCAUAAAAAUGAUCUCAUACCCCUUCUUUUAGUAUCGGCCAACCCCAUCAUAGACCCCUGGGUCUUCAUCAUCCUCAGUCCCCCAGUACCUCGUCUGCUCUGGGACAAGAUGUGCAAGACCGCAAAGUUCAAACCCACGCAGGAGAAGGUCCAUAGCAUCCAUCCAGUCCUGUAUCAGUCAAAGCCACCUGGAGAUUCAGAAGGAGGCAGUGUGAUGAAAGCCUACACAGAAAUUCCUGGAAAAUAACAGAGACUGAAGAUCCACGUCACUGGAUGACUGAACAGAUGGAUCUAAGACCUGAGGAUGAAAAAGAUGUGUGGUGCUGCACCUAUAAUAUCAUGGAGAAUAUAAUAGAGUAUACUUUUUUUUUUAGCAAAGUAAACUUAUUUAUUGCCUUUAUUUAUGGAGAGUAAAACAUUUUUGUACACCGGAAGGAAAAUAAGUGUUUAUUUAUCAGCAGGAAAUCGAAUGGUAAAUAUAAAUAAACAUUUACAGGCUGAAAUGAAGAGCUGUACUUCUUGUUUCAACUGCGUGGGGAAUGCGGUUGUCUUUCCUUGUGUGACGACACGCUUAAUCAGUUUUGUUUUCCACGUUCCGUUGCAAAUACAUGCAGGACUGAAUCAUGUCAUAGCAAGUCAGUUCAUUGUGAAAGAGCCAAACGGCUUGACUAAACUGUGCAAAGGUCCCACGACUGAAGACAGUCAUUUGGAGGGAAGGAGCAGGCUAAACUGAGGAAAUAAAAGUUGGUCCAUAAAGGAAUUGUUUUGGAUCGGUCUGUUUAACAAUCUCCUGAUAUUACUUGAUAUUUACACUGUGAAUGAAUUGAGGUUAUAAGAUUGGUUUUAAAGUUAUGUUACAGUCAGGAGAUCUCAGUAUUGAUAAAAUCACCAUAUUUUGCAUAUCACACACAAUAAACACAGAAUACAUUUUGUUUUCUUGGUGUUG